GCACAACCGCGGAGGGAGAAAGCAUCCGAAGAAGAAGCCUGCUGUCCGGGUCUACUUUCCACCGGCAUCAUUUGCGUCUUACGGGGAGAAGGUUGGUGAAGUAUCACCAACGGCUGCGUCUAAUUUUAACAUUUUAUGCCGAAAAAAAUAAGCCCUUUUGAUUUUCAUCUAAACAGCGUGCAGCUUUGCCAAGGUGUUCGAUGAAACGUUGCCUUGUCAAGUUACCGUAUGCCCGCACAUCUUAAAGAAAAAAGAUAAUUUAGGAUAUUAUGUUAGCUAGUUAAUUGUGUUCUGUCAUUAGCUGUCAGCUGAAGGGGUCCAUUUUUUCCUUCUCAUUAUCAGACAGUUUUCUGCCACCGUCUCCCCGCCUUAAAGCCAGCUAUUCUGGUUGAAUCAAGACCAAAAGCGGUUCAUCUUUUGAGGAGACCCGACUGACUGCGCCGAAAUGGGGUAUGGACGGUCGGAUAGCUACCGCGUGGCCACCACGCAGGACAAGGAUGAGAAGGAGUCGCCCAAGAAGAAGGGAGGCAAGGAUCUGGAUGACCUCAAGAAGGAAGUUCCCAUAACGGAACACAAAAUGUCUGUUGAGGAGGUUUGCCGGAAAUACAACACUGAUAUCGUCCAGGGUUUGACCAAUGCCAAGGCAGCAGAGUACCUGGCCAGGGACGGCCCAAACGCCCUGACUCCACCCCCCACCACCCCAGAGUGGGUCAAGUUCUGUCGCCAGCUGUUCGGUGGCUUCUCCAUCCUGCUGUGGAUCGGUGCCAUCCUCUGCUUCCUGGCCUACGCCAUCCAGGCAGCCACAGAGGACGAGCCCGCUGGGGAUAACUUGUAUUUGGGUAUCGUGCUGUCAGCUGUCGUCAUCAUCACCGGCUGCUUCUCCUACUUCCAGGAAGCUAAGAGCUCCAAGAUCAUGGAGUCCUUCAAGAACAUGGUCCCUCAGCAAGCCCUGGUUAUCCGUGAGGGAGAGAAGAUGCAGAUCAAUGCUGAGCAGGUGGUGGCAGGAGACCUGGUGGAGGUGAAAGGAGGAGACAGGAUCCCCGCUGACCUCCGCAUCAUCUCCUCCCAUGGCUGCAAGGUCGACAACUCAUCCCUGACUGGUGAAUCAGAGCCCCAGACCAGGUCACCUGACUGUACUCAUGACAACCCCCUGGAAACCCGCAACAUUGCCUUCUUCUCCACCAACUGUGUCGAGGGAACAGCUCGUGGUAUCGUUGUGUGUACUGGUGAUCGUACAGUGAUGGGCCGCAUCGCCACCCUCACCUCAGGCCUGGAGACUGGCAAGACACCCAUUGCCAAGGAGAUCGAGCACUUCAUCCACAUCAUCACGGGCGUGGCCGUGUUCCUCGGCGUGACCUUCUUCAUCCUCUCGCUCAUCCUGGGUUACAGCUGGCUGGAGGCCGUCAUCUUCCUCAUCGGUAUCAUUGUGGCUAAUGUGCCUGAGGGACUGCUGGCCACAGUCACUGUGUGUCUGACACUGACUGCUAAACGAAUGGCACGUAAGAACUGCCUGGUGAAGAACUUGGAGGCUGUGGAAACUCUAGGCUCCACCUCCACCAUCUGCUCUGACAAGACUGGCACCCUGACCCAGAACAGGAUGACCGUGGCCCACAUGUGGUUCGACAACCAGAUCCACGAGGCCGACACCACCGAGGACCAAUCUGGCUCCUCCUUUGACAAGAGCUCCACAACAUGGGUGUCUUUGGCCCGCAUCGCUGCCCUGUGCAACCGCGCCGUGUUCAAGGCCGGCCAGGAAUCUUUGCCCAUCCUAAAGCGUGAGGUGGCUGGAGACGCCUCAGAGUCAGCCCUGCUGAAAUGUAUUGAGUUGUCAUGUGGCCCUGUCAAGGCCAUGAGGGACAAGAACAAGAAGGUGGCUGAGAUCCCCUUCAACUCCACCAACAAGUAUCAGCUCUCAAUUCACGAAACUGAGGAAGAGAGUGACAAACACUACCUGCUGGUGAUGAAGGGAGCCCCAGAAAGGAUCCUUGAUCGCUGCUCCACCAUCAUGAUGCAGGGCAAAGAACAGCCCAUGGAUGAUGAGAUGAAGGAGGCUUUCCAGAACGCCUAUCUGGAACUGGGAGGACUGGGAGAGAGAGUGCUGGGUUUCUGCCACCUGUUCAUGCCGGAGGACAAGUACCCCAAAGGCUUUGCCUUUGACACAGAUGACGUCAAUUUCCAGACAGACAACCUUUGCUUCGUGGGCCUGAUGUCCAUGAUUGACCCUCCACGUGCUGCCGUGCCCGACGCUGUAGGAAAAUGCCGCUCAGCUGGCAUCAAGGUCAUUAUGGUGACUGGUGACCACCCAAUCACAGCCAAGGCCAUUGCUAAGGGUGUUGGCAUUAUCUCUGAGGGCAAUGAGACAGUGGAAGAUAUUGCUGCACGCCUCAACAUCCCCGUCAGCCAGGUCAACCCCAGGGAUGCCAAGGCCUGUGUGAUCCACGGCACAGAUCUGAAAGACCUCACUCAGGAGCAGAUGGAUGAUAUUUUGAGGAACCAUACAGAAAUCGUUUUUGCCAGAACCUCCCCACAGCAGAAACUCAUCAUUGUAGAAGGCUGCCAGAGACAGGGUGCCAUUGUGGCUGUGACAGGUGAUGGAGUGAACGACUCUCCUGCCCUGAAGAAGGCUGACAUUGGUGUUGCCAUGGGAAUCUCAGGCUCAGACGUGUCCAAACAAGCUGCUGACAUGAUCCUGCUGGAUGACAACUUUGCCUCCAUUGUCACAGGAGUAGAAGAAGGCCGUCUCAUCUUUGACAACCUAAAGAAGUCCAUCGCCUACACUCUGACCAGCAACAUCCCAGAGAUCACCCCCUUCCUGUUCUUCAUCAUGGUCAACAUCCCACUGCCCCUGGGCACCAUCACUAUCCUCUGCAUCGACCUGGGAACUGACAUGGUACCUGCCAUCUCUCUCGCCUAUGAAGCAGCAGAGAGCGACAUUAUGAAGCGCCAGCCCAGGAACCCACUGAGAGACAAACUGGUCAAUGAGAGACUCAUCAGCAUCGCCUAUGGACAGAUUGGUAUGAUCCAAGCUCUUGGUGGUUUCUUUGCCUAUUUUGUCAUCAUGGCUGAAAAUGGUUUUCUGCCAUCUGUGCUUGUCGGCAUCCGGCUCAACUGGGACGAUCGCUCCACCAACGACCUGGAGGACAGCUAUGGACAGCAAUGGACCUAUGAGCAGCGUAAGAUUGUGGAGUUCACUUGCCACACAGCCUUCUUUGUCAGUAUUGUGGUGGUGCAGUGGGCAGAUGUCAUCAUCUGUAAGACCAGACGUAACUCUGUGUUCCAGCAGGGCAUGAAGAAUAAGAUUUUGAUCUUUGGGCUGUUUGAGGAAACAGCUCUGGCUGCUUUCCUGUCCUACUGCCCUGGUAUGGACGUGGCGCUACGGAUGUAUCCACUCAAGCCCAGUUGGUGGUUCUGUGCGUUCCCGUACAGUUUCCUCAUCUUUGUUUACGAUGAGAUCCGAAAACUCAUCCUUCGCCGAAACCCUGGAGGCUGGGUGGAAAAAGAGACAUACUAUUAAAUUAUCAAAGCAUCAUUUACUUCUCACCCCGUCCUCCCCCUGAACUCAUCCCUCCUCCUCUAUCUCCCUCUCUUUCUCUUUCCUCCUCCCCUCCAUCCACCCCUCCUCUCCUCUCAACAUACUCAAACUGUACAAGAAAACUAUGUUUACUCCUCCUCCAGUCCUCUCCUCCUCCUCCUCUCCAUCCUCUCCAUCCUCAUCUCCUAAAGAAACAAACAAAAAAAACAAACGCCAAGACGACGAGAGGACCAACGACGGAGGAGGAGAGGACGGGGAGGGGGGUGGCUUUGUAAAUCUUCCCUGUCCUCUCUGUCCCUCUGUCCCCUUUUUCUAUCCAAAGUCUUUACAGCAUUAGUCUGCCAGUAACACUGUUUGUGCCGAUGCUUAUUACUACACUGUUAGCCGCAGCCACUCUUCAUGUGUGUACUCAAACUACACCGCUAUGUGGAACUGAAUAAAGAUUAUAACUAUAAGGAAAAAAAACCUGACUGUUCCACUGCGAUGAUCACUUAACGAUCUUGCCAAGCAGGACAACAACAUGGCAGCUCCCGUCUAAACUCCCAACUGUCGAUUUGAGCGGGUGGGUGGCGUCAUUUUUUUUGUUUUGAUGAGCUUUUUCCUGCCAGAGAAAAAGAGAAAACCCCCCGGAUCCAGCUCUCUAAUCACUGCCAUUUCCUGCCAUUUGCCUGUUUUACUUCUCUCCCUUCUUUCCCUCCUUUUCUCUCCCUCUCUGUUUCUAUUUACUCACUGCCAAUCUUCUACUGCCGUUCUCUCCCCCGUCUCCUCUCCUUCCUCCACCCCUAUCAAUAAAGAAUCAAUCUCACACUAAAACCGAAGCACUCACUCACUCACGCCCUCAACAGGGUGGAAAAAAAAGGUCACUUCCUCUGACUCCCUCCCUCCCUCUCGGCCUCCCUUGCUCCCUCCAUCCUCCUCCUCCCCCUGUGUUUUUUUCUGCUUGUGUUGUUGUUGUUUUCUAAUAGACGACUGGGUGUUUUUUAAAAAACAAAAUUGUUCGUAAAAGUUUUAUGUUUUUCUUUUUUAAGUUUGGAGUGGGUCUGAGAGCUGCUUGUUUUCAUUCGGACAUGACAAAGCCCACUGUCUCUCCCUCCUCUUCCUCUCUUCUUUCUCUCUCACACUCCUCCUUUAACUCCCUCCAACUGCUCUCCCCCUCCUCACCCUGCCUAUCUGUCCCUGUUUGUCUGUCUGUUUGUGAACACCGUGCAAACCCUCCGUCCUUGUAAACUUCCACCCACUUUCACCACCUGCCUCCUCUUACUCUCCCACCCUUUCCCUGCCCGUAAUCUCCCCCCUCAACCCCAACCAACCUCACCCCUGUUAAAAAAAAAUACAAUCUUUCUGUGUCCUCGGAAAAAGAGAUUUCUCUCCAAUUUCAUUAUUUAAAUCUGUGGAAAUAUGGAAUAAGGCACUGUACCUUAACUUGCGAAACAGCAGCAAAAAAAAGAAAAAAAGAAAAUGAAAUAAAAUAGAAGGAUCUCUCUUUUUUCAGCUUGGUCUCGAGUUUGUUUUGUGUGGAGUUUUGUCAGAAAAUGGAAAUAAAUGCUGUGACCAACUCUUA